AAAAAGUAUCAAGCUAUAAUCGAAGACGCUUACAUGCGGAUACUUCAUUCGAAAUCGUAUAAUUUCCAAUACAUCGGUAACAGACAACGUUGAUUUAUUAGAUAUUCACGUUAGCCUCUUCCGAUCGUAUAAAGAAACGAGCAAGAUGGGUAAACCUCGUGGUCUUCGUACUGCGCGUAAGCAUGUAAACCACAGACGCGAUCAACGAUGGAAUGAUAAAGACUACAAAAAAGCUCACUUGGGAACGCGGUGGAAAGCCAAUCCAUUCGGUGGUGCUUCUCAUGCUAAGGGUAUUGUUUUAGAAAAAGUUGGUGUAGAAGCCAAACAACCAAACUCUGCUAUUCGUAAAUGCGUACGAGUGCAACUUAUCAAAAAUGGCAAGAAAAUUACUGCUUUUGUACCUAGGGAUGGUUGUUUAAACAAUAUCGAGGAGAAUGACGAAGUUUUGGUAGCAGGUUUUGGUCGUAAAGGUCAUGCAGUGGGUGAUAUUCCAGGAGUUCGAUUCAAAGUAGUGAAAGUUGCUAAUGUUUCGUUACUUGCACUUUAUAAAGAAAAGAAAGAACGACCUAGAUCAUAAAAUCAUUGUCAUGUAUUUCUAACAAAUCUGUAAAAGAUUUUUAAAUCAAUUAAUAUUUUAUUAAUUAA